UGGGGUAUAACAGAUGAUUGCACUGACUCAGUAACCAACAAGGUUUAUAAAGAUUGGGAAGUCUUUGUGAAGGAUUGUACGGACAUCUGUGUUUGCCGCCGUCGCCAUAUAUCGUGCGAUGAUAAAUUUUGUCCUGAGAUAGGCAAUGUACAAUGUCCUCCUCACUCAGUACCGAUAUACCAAGACCAAGACAUAACGCACUUUGCAGUAACAUGCAAAUGCAAAAGUAAGAUAUCAAGUACAGCUUAGAAAACGUGUUUUAACCGUUUAACCGGAUUGCCCUGCUUGAGACUACAAGAAGUCUCUUUGUAGUCAUUAGAGACGUUAAAAUCCAAAGAAGGCGAAGGCCCCCUAAACGUCACUUAAAAAGGCAACUCUCGUUCUUUCAAUCUUCAUCGCGAUUAUUCCAACUCAUUUCCUUAGAAACCUAUAUUCCUUUUUUUGGAAAAUCUCGUUGCCGUCGUCCUUGUCGGAUCCUAAGGUCCCUAGUCAAGUGGGCAAAAUGUCAGUGCGAGAAUGAAGGGAUCGAGACAAGGAACGGACAAAGAAGCAGAGAGGCUAAGAGGUGUCACGUUCCACCCUCUUAAUUAGUCUUGCUAAACCCGCAUAAAAUCUUUAAGGAAGCUAUUAGUUUAUGCUCUGGUUGUCAAUACCCCAGUAGCUGAUACGUGAAAACUCCUGCAUACGUGUUGCACUAGGUACACGUUUCAGCUGCGUGAAAUUAUCAAAUGUAAUGACACUGCAAGCACGCGAAGUGAAUGAAAGAUACAUCUAAGUUGGGCUGGACCAAUCAAAUCAUUUCAAACUAGGCCAUUAGCUGUUGAGCUGUUUGCCCACUGAUCUCAUAAAAGCAUUACUUUAGGGGGAGAGGGUGAGUAGUCUAGACGAUUUGAUGUGUCUCUCUGUUUCUAAAAAAGGACAGAAAAUUGCCUUAUCAGGGUGAAGGAUUGUAAGUGCACUAGCAACCUGGCCCAGUUGCUUUAAAGAUGCUGUCAGAGUUAAGCUUCUGUGCUCUUGCCUAUCUUGUAAUAUAAACAGCUUUCGUGAGCUUACGAAUAUUGCCAAAACUUUACUCGUAAUAUUGUCCUUAAAUAAUAUUCUAGAAAAAGAUAAGGGUACCUGCGGGGUUCAAGGUUAAAUGUGAGUUAGCACUGGCCUGUCUUUGAGACUGACCUUCGACUUAAUUUUUAUUCGUUGGUACGUGUUUGAUGCUGGGUUGAUUUCUUGUUUGUCGUUUAUGUUUGUACCAAUAGUCAAACCAGUGUUUGAUGAUUUUUGGCAAUUGCCAGUUGAUUGAAUUGUGAUGCAAAGGAACACUAUUCUCAUGUUAAUCUUUGUUUUGUUCUCAGUACCUGUAGCCUGUGGCGAUCCAACACCGAGCUAGUGCAAGCAAUACCGGCCC